GUGAGUGAGUGAAACGAGCAAGGGGUGCUGGCGUGAAAUUAAACGUAUGCUACUCAUGACUCGUGACUCGUGGCCAUGGCGUUUCAGUCUUUGGGUUGCGCGCAUAGUGUGAUUGUGUUUCAAAGUACUCACGACCGGUCUUGACUAGUGCUAAUCAAUGCUUUCAGUGUGAAAGUGAAGAUAUAUAAACAAAGCUAUAAAAAUGUUGCUAGUUCAUUUUUAUUUUAUUGAUUUUAUCGUAUAAAAAGUUUCUUAAUUUCUUUGUCAUAUAUAUUUAUUAUACAUAUAUGUAAAGGUUAGAAAAAUUAUUGGACAAUUGAUGUCUCAAUCUGUAUACAAAAACAAUAAAUAGUUCAAUAAAUAGGACUAUUUUUAUCGUAUAAUCAUGUGAAAUGAAGUGAAAAAAUAUAAUGUCGUUUAUGGUUCGUUAAAGAAUGCAGUUUUAAUAGCAGACAGAAGAAUUGAAACUAUUGGUGGCAAGCAGAAACGGGUCAUGCGAGUGACGUAAGAGUCGUUGUGCAAGAGUUCGAGGACAGAUUAUCGUCCUCUCUUAUCCAUACGAGGAUAAAAGAAAAUUUGAAAGAUUAUAAAGUACAACCAAAAACUGAAGAUGGGCGAAAAACGAGGUACAAAAGCAUUAGAGUUUUGGUGUCGACGAAUAACCGAAGGUUAUCCUGACGUAAAUGUACAAAAUAUGACAACGUCUUGGAGGGAUGGCCUCGCGUUCUGUGCAAUGAUUCACCAUUUCCGACCUGAUCUCAUUGACUUUGACAGUUUAGACAAGAACGACGUAUACGGGAACAAUGAACUGGCUUUUAGAAUCGCAGAGCAACAUCUUGGAAUACCAGCGCUUUUGGAUGCGGAAGACAUGGCUUCCUGUUCUGUACCUGAUCGUUUAUCGAUUCUUACGUAUCUUUCCCAGUUCUAUCAAACUUUUAGCGGUUCGUCUCCGGCACGACUUGCAGUGAGUAGAACAUCUGAAACUGUAGAGGAAAAAAUCACACAAGUGUCUGAAUCUCCGAAAGAAAAGGAAGCGGCGACGUGUCUGGGUAGUAUGCGAAAGGAUCUCUGCGUUGUGUGUGGAUUUCCAAUUUUCCUGGCGGAAAAGCUGGUUCUCGCCCAUGUCGCUUAUCACCGUACUUGUUUUCGCUGUGCUCGAUGUACCAAUCAGUUAACCAUUGGUAAUUAUUACGAAACCGAAAAUGGACAGUAUUGCUGUGAAACCUGUCCGGAUGAAGAUAUUCCAAUAGAAUCGACGCAAAGUUACAACUAUCCUACGUUUACUGAGAUUGAAAAAAAUAACGUUGACUCAAGUUUUGAGCAAUUCAGCAAUGAGGAAAACACGGACAAGAAAAUGCUUAAUCAUAAUUCUAUUUCUAUCGAAAAGAUAGAUGAUGAAUCGCUGGCUCGAACCGUUGUUCCUGAUUUAAUAGCACAGACUUCUCGACUACGGCUUAAUUUCAUAUCGAAUCAACUAUUUUCAGAAGAGGAUGAACAGACUUCCGAUGAUAAUGUACAUACGAAUGAAACUCGAGAUAGCAUCCAGGGGGAUGGUACAAAUUUAAAGGCAGAAAAACAAAAUAAACUCGAUUAUGUUGCCACGUGUUUAAGUCAGAAUCAAUUAGCAAUGACCUCUGUAGCUUCGUUCCAUAACACAUUUGAGGAUAAAGGGCCACUAUCUCUCAACAAUGAUGAAAAACUACUGGAGGAAGUCGGUGCUGAAAGCAAUUGUUCCAUAAUUGAAAAAAGAUGCAGAAUGUUUGAAAGAAAGAAAGAUGAUAUUGAAAGAAACAAGAUUAAGGAUCGUGACGUUCUAGCAUUAAAAUUGGAAAUUCAAACUGCAAAGCAUAGAACUGAAAGCAGUAAAAGUUCAAUAACAGAUCCAGAUACGAUAAUUCAGAAAGCAGUUAUCAGUCAAGAUACUUUAGAAGACAAUGUUAAUAGCUCAAAUAGAAACAAUUCAAAUGCAUCGCAAGAUGGCAAAACUUUACCAAUUCUUUCGGAUAGAGAGAGCAGUAGUGAACAUCAAACGUCUAUAAGCGUUAAUGAAGAUUACCCUGAAGAUUUGAAUCCUUUUAAAAGUGAUGAAGAGGGAGAGGAGGCGGAGAUGGAAAGAAAAGGGGCAGAAGAAGAAGACGACGAGGAAAGAGAAGGAGAAGAAAUAAAAAUUGCUGAUAAAUCCAUGAAAACUAGAAACAGUGUGGAAAUUAUCAGAGAUUUAACAAAUCCUGUUAAAAAUGUACAAGAAACGGAGGAGGAAGUAAUCAGAAAGACGACAAUUAUUCCACCAAAACCAGCAGCUAGAAACAACUUUAACAGUAAUAAAUCUUACCAACAUUAUUUCGUAGAAGGAUCGACAAAACGACGUUUGGCCGCACCGCAAAUUAAUCUAAAUCCCUUUUGGAGCGACGAAGAGGAUCACGAUAGCGAUUUGGAAUCUAAAGAGAAGUCAUCUGAAAUUAUACCUACUCCUAAGCCACGCACUAUCAAACGCAAUGAGGAGACGAACACAAAUGAACAAAAAUCAAGCCAAGUUUACGAUUACUCAUACGUACCUAACAAUUGUUUAAGAAGUCCAGAAUCAAGAAUGUCUACAGGAGGAGCUUAUAGAAAGAAGAAACCAGCACCGUUGCCACCAAAUAAAAAGGAACCGUGUCCUUCCGAUCAACCUCCGUCUUCAACCUCUAAACUGCAAUGCAGCACUUCUGACUAUCGCGAUCCACUUCCACGUACAACAUUUAAAACACGUAAGCAAAAACCAGCCCCUCCGCCACCACCACCACCACCACCACCACCACCACCAACGACAAAUUUUCAAGAGUCUCCGAUCAGUAAAUUACACGGCACAAAUAUAGAAUAUAACGUAUGGGAAGAUCAAAAGACUAAUAAAGAUGAAACAAAUAGAAACAGACAGAGUUUCGCACAAAUAUCAUGCGAGGAAAAUUUCCAUUGUAGGUCAUAUUUAGAUAAAAGUAUCGAAGGAAAAUGGAAAAGGAAGAAAGGGCCAGCUCCACCUUGUCCAAUCCCACAUAGAAGAAAAAUAAAAGUAAUGUCUCUUAAAGAUGUUAAAUUGGAAUUGGAUGAAAUAGAAUUACAACAACAGGGCUUAGAAAAGCAAGGUGUUCGAUUGGAACAAUUAAUAAGAAGUAAAUGUGAAUCUGGUUCAAGAAUUAACGAUAUUUCACUUGGGGCAGAUGUAGAAGAAUUAGUCCUAGAGUUAUUUACGUUGGUAAAUGAAAAGAACGAACUGUUUAGACGACAAGCCGAAUUAAUGUUACUUCGAAGACAGCAACGGUUAGAAGAAGAACAUGCUGAUGUCGAAUAUCAAAUUCGAUGUUUAAUGACGCAACACGAAUCAACAAAAACGGAUUUUGAUAAACAAAGAGAAGAAGCAUUGAUACAGAGAUUAAUAGAAAUUGUUGAAAAGCGAAAUGAAAUUGUGGACUGCUUGGAGAUGGAUCGUCGUAGAGAAAUAGAAGAAGAUCGAAGUAUACAUCGUCACAUGGACUUAUUUGCUGCCAAGAAUAAAAACGAAUCAUUAUGCAAUGAUAUGGAUGUAACCAAAAGGAAGAAACUAAAACAAAACAAACUAAAGGAGAAAAUAAGAGAGAAGAAAUUGAAAAAGAUAUUGAAAAAGGAUAUUGAUAAGGAUGUAGAUGAAACGGAGUUGACGUUGAAACGUACUAAACGAAAAUGGUUCUAAUUUAUUUUAAUAGUUUCCUAACACUUCAAUUGGAUAUUUUUAGUAAGUAUUACUGCAUAUAACUUACUAGAGAAUGCUACCUCAAAUUUCUUAUUCAAAGGAUCUUCAAAGCAAUUACUCAAGUGAAAGUACAUGCAUGUAGUUGCAUAUAGAGCUUACAAUGAUAUUACGAAACACUUGGUUCGAGAAAUAUAUAUAUAACACAUAUGGUUAUAAAAUAUAUAU